AUGCCUAAGAAAGGAGGAAAGAACAAGGGCAAGGGCAAGAAGGGCGGUGGUGCUGCCGCGGCCGCGAAGAAAGCAGUCGACGUCCAGAACAAUGUUGCACCGGCCAACGAGGUUGAGGAAACAGUCCCCAAGAGCGACAGUGAGAUUGAAGCUGUCGCUACCGAGGCAGGCGUCACUGACACUACUGUGCCUGAGACUGUCGUCCCCGAAACAGCUACCAAGGAGGAAAGCGACGUUAAGGCUGGAGCCGACCUUGGUGUGACCACGGCGCCCGAGACCACCGUCCCUGAAAUUGUCGCCAAGGGUGGUAGCGAAGCCGCCGCGGCUGAAACUGGUCCUGCAGUUACUGCGGUACCCGAGGCCACCGUUACUGACACUACCGCACCUGUCCCCGCGGUUGCCCCUCCGGUUAACUUCACUGAGGAGGCCUCAAAUGCAGUCAAUACCGCAUUCCCCAAGGUAAACGAUGGCAUCACAGAUGACGCUGCGCUGAAGACGAAGACUGCCCAGGAGGAGACAGUGGAGGAGGGAACGACUGUACUACCUUCUACCUGCGCCCUCGAAGCUUCCAAUGCGGAUACCACAUCCCUGCCAGUCAGAACCAGUGCCCUCGAGCCCGAGACCGCCGAUGCCCACGUGAAGCGCCCCUACGAGAGCAGCGUCACCACCAAGGAGGACGACUACAAGCCUCACAAGAUGCCCAAGGUGGAGGAUGAACCAGCCAUUGCCACCGAGAAGGCAGCCGCUGCAGACACCGUUCAAGUUCCUAGUGGCACCACUGUCCAGCCACAGGUUGUCCCCGGGCUUGGUGCUGGCUCCGCAGGUGAGGCAUCGAAGGAUUUGGAAGUUCCCGGGCUUGCCGCGACGGGCAAGGAUGCUGGAGCUACGUCCAGCACUACACUGCCUCAAACCACCGAGAGUGUCCCGGCAAAGGUUACCGAAGCGCCAUCCGGCGUAGAGGCUGCUGGCACGACAGCUGUCGCUCCAGUGGAAGCUUCUACCAAGCCAGAGACUGCUGCAGCCAUCGCUCCCUCUGGAGCACCUACCUCUGAAGCGCCAGAGAGCACUGGCGGUGCCAAGAAGGCGUCCGAGGAGGUGACACAGCCGAGUCCAGCAGCGGCCACCAAUGCCCCGACCGCAGCCGCAGACAGCGAGCCUAUUGCUGUUGUUCCCAGCACCAUCAUUAGGCCCUCUGGACAGGAGAGCAGAGCGGCAGACCAGACUGUGGAGAAGUCCACUGCUGAACCCGCUGCCUCUGAGGCAGAACAGCCCCUGAAGGCCGCGGAAGACAAGGAGCAGGCGGCCAAGGCGCAGGAGUCUUCAAAGCGUCGCAGCGUUGUUCCCUCGACGAUCAAGGACACGAAGCCUCAGCAGGAAGAAGCCCAGAAGUCUGAGACCCCGGCGACUCAAGGCGUAUCGGCGGUUCAGAAAGAGGAAGGCGCUGCUGCUCAGAAAGCCGAGGAGGUCAAGUCCGCGGAGCCUCAGACGGAAGGCACCUCUACUGCUCAGCCCGAAACCGCUCAAGCUGGACAAGAGACCCAGCAAGCGGGAAGCGCCGCUGCCCCGAAGGUUGAGGAAGGCAAGACGAGUGUUGAGCAGGCCAAGGACACGGCGAAGGGCGAGGCCGGCAAGCCCCAGGAGACUGCCAAGUCGGAAAGCAGCAAGGCCGAGAAGCGCAAGAGCGGACUCUUCGCCUGGCUCAAGCGCAAGAUCAAGGGUGAGAAGAACUAG